AGGCGUGUCUCGAUACUUCAACCACAGUGUUCUUAUCCCGACUUGAUCAAACUUUGGCCGUCAUCCCAUGUCAGAUCAAUACCUCGAACAGCGGAAAGAGGAAAUCGAAGUACUUCAAUCAAUCUUUGGAGACUUGUCCUUUGAAUCCGAUGACCAGGUGAUUCUAAGGACUGGGCCCAAGGAGCCCUCACCCUCCAAUCCUCUCACUGUGAACCUGAAAAUCAAAUACACCGAGAAAUACCCGGAUGAAUUGCCGGAUAUCGUUAUCGAGCCCGUUGAAGGUGAACUCAGCGAACUAGAAUUGGAAUCUACGGUCGAAAUGCUCAAGGAGGCAGGUCGUGAAUCACUCGGAACGGCUAUGAUCUUCACUCUUUCGCUUGCUCUGCAACAGGCACUCGCCCAAAUUUUGUCUGAGCGGGCUGCUGAAGUCGUGCACUUGGAAAAAGAGGAGAUCAAAAAAGCCGAAGAAGCAGAGGCCGCUCGCAAGAAAGGCACACCAAUCAACAAAGAAAUUUCUCCAAUCCGAAGGGCAAAGUUUAAUGAGCAGAACCAGCUCAAAAAAGCGAAAGAGGAGGAAGAAAGAUCCAAGUCUCUGACACCGAAUGAGAGAGGAGAAAGAAAGAAAUCUGGAAAUAAGUUGAUGGGCCGACAACCCUUGGAGUCCAACCAAGCACUAACCAUCUCCACCACCACUCAAGCAACAGCAACAUUCACUCAGACUACCACUGGCUCAACUAAUGCCACAUUACCUGAACCACCAUCAUCAACCGCUACUGAACAUACCAAGACUAUCAGAGAAGAAUUCAGCUUUCCAGAACCACCAACCGAGCCACCACCAAGUCCACUCCAUCUGGCCGCCCAACGAGGUGAUACAGAGGCAGUCAAACAACUACUAGACUCAGGCUUAGCUCAUCCCACCGAUGUUGACCAGCAACAGAUCACAGCACUCCAUUGGUCAGCCAUCAAUGGCCAUCUCAACCUUUCGGCGCUACUGAUCGCGCGCGGGGCAGUAGUAGAUGCAUUUGGAGGACAACUCCUGGCAACCCCGCUCAUGUGGGCAGCAAGGAAUGGCCGGGUACAGAUCGUCCACUUACUUCUCAAGCAUGGCGCCGACCCAACCCUGGUGGAUUCGCAAGCCUUCAACACCCUCCAUCUGGCCACCCACUCCAGCUCAGCCCUGACACUCUGCUACCUGCUCGCCUGCGCCUACGACAAGAUCAGUCUGGACUCUGCAGACCGGGAAGGACAUACGGCCUUACACUGGGCAUCCUACCAGGGCGACAGUCUGUCGGUUGACCUACUCCUCUCACACCGCGCCUCCGUCUCAGCCCGGGACCUCAACGGGAUGACCCCACUCCAUUGGGCCGUUGUCAAGGGGAACUCGACCUGCAUCCGCCAGAUCGUCCUGGCCGGCGCUGAUGUCUUAGCACGGACGAUUGAGGGGAAAACACCGCAGGAGAUGGCUGUCGAACUCAAGUCAACCUUCGCCUGGAGUAGAGGCCUCUCAGAGGCCGGAAUGAACUCAAAUGGAACCAAGCGAAUCCUACCAUUAGGCAACGGCCUCAAGAUGAAGACGAUCAUGUUCCUCUUCACCAUCAUCUGCUUCGGCUUGGCCUUCCAGACCUUAUCCUCCUUGCCCUAUUACUCCUCGAUCAUCAUCUCGCUUGCCCAAGCCUACGGCGCCCAUCACAUCAUCUCCAAUACCAUCCUCGACGCCAACCAUCGCAGUCCCGGUAGACCAUCCGAAAUCAUCACCUCAAGUCCUUACUUUUCUACCAUCAUCGUUGCUAGUUUCUUCUGGGUCGGUUACGCCUGGAUCGCCCAUCUCUUACCACACACUCAAGAUCAUCCAUCACUUAAUCUAUUCUUCAUCCUCUCCAGCUUAAUCUGUGUAUACAACUUUGUCCGAGCGAUCACUCUAGAUCCAGGAUAUAUACCUCUGCCUCGAAACCCUCUCGAUCGCAAAACUAUUAUCGAAGGAUUGGUUGAACGUUCAAUAUUUGAUGGCAUGAAUUUUUGUAUCUCUUGUGAGAAUCGAAAACCGUUGAGGAGUAAACAUUGUAAAAUUUGUCAAAGAUGCAUCGGAAAAUUUGAUCAUCAUUGUCCUUGGGUUUGGAAUUGCGUCGGAGUUGGUAAUCAUCGACAGUUUCUUGUCUUUGUUGGGACUUUGAUCAUUGGAAUUUCUUUGUUUGAUAUCCUUGCCUUUAUUUACUUUUCGUCGGCGCCAGAUCUGACCAAGAUAGACUCGAGACAGCUACCAGCCUCGUGCUCGAUCUCGCAGACGUUAUGUCAGCUGGCGGCCUUUGAUUCGUUUACGCUGUCGAUAGUGAUCUGGGCGACAUUGCAGCUAGUAUGGACGACAAUGUUGAUGGUCUCACAGCUGUGGAUGGUGAGCCGGCAGAUGACGACGUUCGAGCUGAGCAAUGUGAACCGGUUCGGAUUCAUGGGCGGGAAGGCGGGGACGUCGAUGGCCGCCCAGUCUUCCCACCUCCACGCCCAUCAUGCGUCUGCACAAUCUUCUCUCAACCAUCACCAUCAUAAUCAUAGUCACUCUCGCAAACCGAAGUCCUUCGUCUUCUGUCUCAAGCUCUUGGGCCUCGAUCGCUUCCUCGACGGCACCCAGAUCAUCAAGAAAUCAAAGAAAGCCUCCAACCCUUUCCAUAAGGGCAUCCGAGCUAAUUGUCUUGAUUUCUGGACCGCUGGAAACCAUCUUGGGGUUAACUAUCUUGAACUCUUUGAGGUCCCUGAAGGUGGCUUCCAAAUCCGAGCCAAAGAAUCUUCCUCCUUUACUUCCAAAUUUGACCCUCUUCAUAAGAAAUCUUCAAAUGGCAGUCGUAGCAGAAGUAGCAGUAGCAAUGGUCGCACUCGUAAUGGAUACGAGCGCGUUGCUAUGGACAUUGUUUAGUUCUCAUAUUCUCUCCUUCUCCUGUGUCGUGUCUUCUUUUUUGUUUCUGAGGGGAAGAAAUACGAUGACGUGUUUGUUGUGUUAUGUGUUGUGGUUUUGUAGUGACAAAGCAUUUAUUUAUUUAUUUUUGUCAUGGUCUUCUUUCCUUUUGUCAUCAUUAUGGAUAAUCACAAUUGUUGUUGUUUUGCUAGUUUUUUUUUGGCAUAUGUCUUUUAUGAAACACAUGUACGACUUGGGAAAUUUACAUACCUGGAGUCCUGA